CGGCGGGGGAGGGAGGAGGGGGAUGGAGUGUGUCACCGGAGGCGCGCGGCACUUCGCGGCAAUGGCGGUGCCUCGUCGCUCGCGGCGGAGGGCUCGGGCGGCGGCGAGGAGGACGGAGGGCGCGGCGUCGUUCCCGCGGUGCAGAGCGUGCGGAGUCAGGGCCGGUGGCGCCGGGAGCGAGAGCUGCGUCGUCGUCCGGGAAGGCUUCGCCGACGAGGAGGACUACGUCAAGGCCGGGGGAUCGGAGCUGUGCUUCGUGCGAAUGCAGCGGGGCAAGGCGAUGGACAGCCAGUCUAGAAUCGCGGAUAAGUUACCACCGAUCUUGCUAGGAAAUGAUCCACUGGAUUUAGUUGUGAUUGGUUGUGGUCCUGCUGGUCUAGCUCUGGCUGCAGAGUCUGCGACGCUAGGAUUGAGUGUCGGGCUCAUUGGCCUGGAUCUUCCUUUCACGAAUAACUAUGGUGUAUGGGAAGAUGAAUUUAAAGAUCUUGGACUUGCAAAUUGUAUCGAGCAUGUCUGGAAGGACACAAUAAUAUACCUUGAUGAUAGCGAGCCAAUUCUGAUUGGUCGUGCAUAUGGACGAGUUAGUAGACACCUUCUUCAUGAGGAGUUGCUAGACAGGUGUGUCAAGUCAGGUGUUUCAUUCCUGAGCUCUAAAGUGGAAAAUAUAUUUGAAGCUGCUGAUGGGUAUAGUCAUGUUGUUUGUGAACAUAACGUUGUCAUCCCAUGCCGGCUUGCUACAGUUGCAUCUGGAGCGGCUUCAGGGAAACUUUUGCAGUAUGAGGUGGGUGGCCCAAGGGUUUCUCUCCAGACAGCUUAUGGAGUAGAGGUUGAGGUGGAAAAUAAUCCAUAUGAUCCUGAUCUGAUGGUUUUUAUGGAUUAUAGAGAUAGCAAGCAAGAAAUUCCCUGUUCAGAAGUUCAUUCUCCAACUUUUCUGUAUGCCAUGCCUAUGUCAUCCACCAGAGUCUUCUUCGAGGAAACUUGUUUGGCUUCAAAAGAGGCUAUGCCAUUUGACGUACUAAAAGAAAGGCUGAUGUUUAGGUUACAAACAAUGGGUGUCAGAAUUACAAAAACUUAUGAAGAGGAGUGGUCUUAUAUCCCAGUUGGCGGAUCCUUGCCAAAUACAGAACAGAAAAAUCUUGCGUUUGGUGCUGCUGCCUGCAUGGUGCAUCCAGCUACAGGCUAUUCUGUGGUGAGAUCCUUGUCUGAAGCUCCUAAUUAUGCAUCUGCAAUUGCAAAUGUUUUGAAGGCUGGUCAAGUUAAGGGGGCUCAAGCUUAUGAACGAAGUAAUGGAAACAUCUCAAUGCAGGCUUGGAAUACCCUGUGGCCACUUGAAAGGAAACGGCAAAGGGCGUUUUUCCUCUUUGGACUGGCUCUGAUCUUGCAGCUGGAUAUCGAGGGAAUCAGGACAUUUUUUCAUACGUUCUUCCGUUUGCCUAGAUGGAUGUGGCAAGGCUUCCUGGGCUCUACUCUUUCUUCGGCUGACCUUGUACUCUUUGCUUUCUAUAUGUUUGCCAUAGCACCAAAUGACAUGAGAAAGGGCCUUAUCAGGCAUCUCCUUUCUGAUCCCACGGGAGCAACUAUGAUAAGAACUUAUCUUACAAUCUAGUGCUUUUGUCUGUUUCCUCGUUAAGGCAGCAUCCCAGGUUAGCCACGGCUAUCCUGCCCUUCACUACUAAGUAUUCACAUGUAUAUACACUUGUUCGUCGUGUUUAUCUUCCUUGUGAAUGUAGCAACCGUAUAUGUUUUCUUAGACCCAUAGAGUCUAGGGUGGGAUAUCAGUUAAAGCAUCAUGAGAGCUAGUCAAUUUUGGAGGACGAAUCUGGAUAUCAAUUGUACGCGUAAUAUGACCCAUUUGCAGAGUUAUAAUGAUGCUUCGAGAUUGAUAGUUCCAA